UGAAAAACAAACGUGAAUGGGCAAACUGGAUUCAAUUGAUGGGAGACUUUAUAAAUUCAGUAUUUAUGGAUGGAAUCAAUUUGAAUCUGAAUGAAGCGCUUACACAUGGAUCUGAUUAUUACAACGAUUUGACCCAGUUGAUUUCUCAACUUAUAGCCUAUUUCCACCAAGAACUACCAGGAUCUCAGAUAUCCUUUAAUGUGCCGUGGACUCCGAAAUGCAAGAGUAAAAGAUGCUUUGAUUUUUUGGCGAUUUCACACAUGAGUGACUUGUUCUUUGUUGAAUCCUUUAACAUUCCCAACGAUAUGCGGGAAGGUUGUGUUGCAACAACAAGCUCCUCCUACCACAAUGUGUUAACAGGUCUCACCGACUACAUCAAACUGGGCGUUGACUCCAGGAAGCUUGUGAUGGGCGUUCCAUGGUCUGGUUAUGACUACACUUGCAAGCGUUUUUCUGAGGCCGGUAUCUGUGAAUUGGAAAUGACUUCCCAAGAUGACCCCUGUAGCUAUACAGCAGCAGUUGCGAUCCAGUAUAAGGCAAUCAUGCAACGUCUGCCAAGAUCUCUGACUGGGAGGUUCUGGAGUGACGACCAGAAAGCUCCGUAUUUUGUCUACAUGGAUGGUAAAACCUACCACCAGGUCUGGUAUGACGAUCCAGAGAGCAUUUCAAUGAAGUCAACUUUCUUGAAGAGGCUCAAACUCGGUGGCAUUGGUGUGUGGAGUCUAGCUGACGUGGACUACAAUGGAACAGCCUGGGCAACGUUACAUGCUGAGGAAAUGUGGAAUGCCCUCUGUCCUCCAUGAAGAUCAUCCUGAGCUCAGAACAUUUAAUCUCUGUAUAAACUAUCGCUUAGUGUUCCAGGGAAACAGAACAAAUAUGAGCUGCUUUUUAGCAUUAGAAGUGAAAUAAACAUAGAUCUGGAAAACAGACAAUAUUUUAUCCAAUAAAAUUAAGUAAAUCCACUCUAUUCAAAGAAACGUACUAAUCAAAUUACAAAGCGACGAAGAAACUCAACGGGGCAGGCAGCAUCUCGGGAAGGAAUGGGAAGACAACGUUUUGGGUUGGGACUCUUCUUCAGACUGACUGUGAGUUAGUAUAGUAGAGGCACAAGGAGCUGCAGAUGCUGAUUUAUAAAUCGGAAGCAAGUCUUGACCCAAAACUUUGUCCAUUCAUUUCUGUCCACCGAAGCUACCUGAUCCAGAGUUCCUGCAGUACUUUGUGUUUUGCUCAAGAUUUUAGAAUCUGUAGUUCCUUGUCUAUGAUGUAUGACACAAUUUGUAUUGGAAUGUUUACAAUUUGAAACAGAAAUUGUUUUGUAAAUUCAUCAACACUGUAUUAUCUAUCAAUCUGCUUAAAUUCAGCACAAACACAACCUUCUUGACAAUGGAAUUCUUAUAUUGUAGGCAUUUAUCUUUGCCAUUGAGCACCAUUUACAUGGGUU